ACAAAUCAAGAUGAUGAUUAUAAUCAUAUUAGUGAUGAACAUGCUGAUAUAUAUGAUCUUAACCUGGAUAGUUCAGAAGAACCAUUCAAAUCAUUGGAAGUUCAAGAGAAAAAUGAAGAAAAUGAAAAUAUUGAGUUUG